AUGGUUGGCCCGGGGCUGGUGCUGCUAGCCACUCUGUGCUCUAUUCUCCUGGGGGCCUUCGUCUGGGCCGUCUCUGAGCACUUUCUCACCACGGAUGUCCCCUCAACUCUGCGACAGCCCGCCAAGUUGCGGUUCCUGCACUGUCUGUUUCUCUCCAUGGUCACUUUGGGAAAUAUAACCGAGAAGUUGGGAAUUUGCUCCAUGCCCAGGUUUAUCCAGUUUUUGCAAGACACCUUGAGAAUCAAGAAGGACCAUAGACUUGUGGUAACCAACCUGCAUUUUGGGACCAUACCCGUGAGGCUGUUUCAGCCCAUGGCGGCCUCCCCCAGCCCCCAGCGUGGCUUCAUCUUCUUCCACGGAGGGGCCUCCGUAUGUGGGAGCCUGGAUGUAUACCAUAACCUGUGCAGUUUUUUGUCCCUGGAGACCGACUCUGUGCUCUUGUCCGUUGGGUACCGCAAGCUUCCUGACCACCAUGACCCUGUCAUUUUCCGGAACUGCCUGAAUGCCUCCAUUCACUUCCUGAAGGCUCUGGAAACCUACGGGGUGGAUCCCUCCCGGGUGGUGAUUUGUGGAGACAGCGUAGGGGGUGGGUAUGGGGCCUUGAUCUCCCAGGUCUUGGUGGGCAGAUCAGAUCUUCCUCCGAUCCGGGCCCAGGUCCUGAUUUAUCCAGUGCUCCAGGUCAUCAAUUUGCAGCUGCCAUCCUAUCAGCAGAACCAAAACGUCCCUUUCCUCACCCAGAAGUUGAUGUUGACUUGUCUGUUUAGAUACCUGAUUGUUGACUUCUCCUGGCGGGAUGCCAUCUUGAGCGGUGCUUUUAUUCCCCCGGAAGUCUGGAAGAAGUACAGUAAGUGGCUCAGCAGGGACAACAUCCCCAAGAGGUUCCAGAGGCCAGGCUGCCCGCCAGUGUUUCCUGCCCCUUUUAAUGAGGAUGCCUAUCUGGAAAAUCAACAUUUUUUGGACGUGGAAAUAUCACCCCUUUUAAGGGACAAUGAGACUCUCGCCCGGCUGCCCGAAGCCUUCCUGGUGAGCUGUGAGAAUGACAUCCUCCGUGAUGACACCUUGCUCUAUAAGAAGCGCUUGGAGGACCAGGGGGUUCCCGUGACGUGGUACCAUGUGGAGGACGGCUUUCAUGGAGCCCUCAUAUUAUUUGAUAAGCAGCCAUUAUCUUUCCCAUGCUCCCUGAAAACUAUGAAUGCUGUAACCACUUAUAUAAGGGGCAUACUGUAA